AUGAAAUUUUCAUUUAAAGUCAGUCUGGCCACGCCGCAUGCAAAACAGCUGCAAACUGUAUCGAAACAGUAUAUAGACGAGUGUGCUAAAGGAACACACAACUGUGAUGUUUAUGCUGUGUGUAACAACACCCGGGGAUCCUAUAACUGCCCGUGCAAAGACGGAUUUCAUGGAGAUGGAAUAAACUACACUGCGGGUCUUAACUACUCAAGUAUUGUAGGAAACGACCAGACUUUCUUGACUUGGCUAGAUAAAUGGUUAAAGCCUGUAAUUAAUCUAUCAUCUUACUGGAAUCGUUGCUACCGGGCAACUAUCAAUGGCUGGUCUUCCAAUACCUUCCAUUCAAACUGUGACGGCAAAGGUCCAUCAGUCACAAUCAUCCGUGUUGGGAAAUAUAUCUUUGGAGGAUACACAAGUCAGACAUGGGGCACUGAAUCGGGCAGUGGUUGUGAGUUUUCGCACGAUUCAGCGGCCUUUCUCUUCUCAUUGGUUAACAAGCCUGACUGGCAACCACUAAAACUAGAUCAGAGAUCAGACCUGCCAGGUGUUGGAUGGUAUUCCAUCUACAGCUGCUCUUCCUAUGGACCAACAUUUGGAGGAGGACACGAUAUUUACAUUGCCGACAACGCUGCGUCAAACAACAACUCGUACUCAAAACUUGGACACACCUACAGCCCGCCAACUGGCGACAGCUAUACAUCCCCCUUAACACAAUCAUUCCUGGCGGGUAAUUUCCACUUCCGACCAGACGAGGUCGAAGUCUUCUACGAAACCUCCUGA